AGACUUUUACAACUGUCAACUGCCCCGGUAGUGGCUUUUCACUGAGACAGGAUCCUGCUGAGUUACAGUCGGGAAACACCCGGGUGGUCGUAGCUAGUAUUAGACUGUUGGGUCUUUGGACUCAGAGGGCAGAUUAAAGUAGGAGAUUAGAGGUCUGAGGCCUUUCCUUUUCAAUAACAAUAUGAAAUUUAUUUCUUUUGUAAAUGGUUAUGAUUAAACCCUUCUCACAAAAAUUUAACGUAAGGCUUAGCUGAAAGAGGCCCCUCUAGAGGCUGACGCCACACCACGGGAGUGGCCUUGUUUUCUGCCUUACUCUUCUCUGGUGCUGACGCCGCCCAGCUCUUGCUAGCUUCUCAUCCACCAUCUCCUCGAGACCAAACAGCAUGCCUUCAGUUAAGGCGCAGAGUUCUGAUGGAGAGAUACCUGAAGCUGAUGUGGAAGUUGCCAAACAACCUGUGACUAUCAAGACCAUGGUGGAAGAUUUGAGAAUGGAUGAUGCAGGAGGUAACGACCUGGUUCCUCUACCGAAUGUUAACGCAGCAAUAUUAAAACAGGUCAUUCCGCGGUGCACCCACCACAAGGAUGACCCUCCUCCUCCUGAGGAUGAUGAGAACAAAGAAAAGAGAACAGACUGUGUCUCUGUUUGGGACCAAGAAUUGCUGAAAGUUGGCCAGGGUACACUUUUUGAACUUAUUCUGGCUGCAAACUACUUAGACAUGAAAGGUUUGCUUGACGUUACAUGCAAGACUGUUGCUAAUAGGAUCAAGGGGAAAACUCCUGAGGAGCUUCCCAAGACUUUCAAUAUCAAAAACGACUUUACUGAAGAGGAGGAAGCCCGGGUACGCAAAGAGAACCAGUGGUGUGGAGAGAAGUGAAAUGUGUGCCCGACACUCUAACACUGUAAGAUUUAUUCCAAAUACUAGUUGCACGGCUCUGUUUAUAAUUGUUAAUAUUAGACAAACAGUAGCCAAAUACCCAGCACACCAAUUGCAUUAGCAGAAUAUGGUCCUCAUGGGGUAUGUAGUUUGAGUACGAAUUCCAAAACCGCUAGCUGAGUUUUUCUAGGGUGAUUUGUUUUUAAGUUUCUUUCUUUUUUUUUUUUUCCU